AAACACGUCAAUUUCGGUGGCUAGCGCGACAAAAACUCCACUCAUCAUUUAUAUAGACAAAAAGAAAGAGUAGAAAGCAAGAAAAAGAAGAGCAAAAAUGGAGGUACUGAAUGAAGAAGAAGAAUACAACUGGAAAGAAGUGAACCUACCAUCAUUAAUCCCCGUAGUUCCCGAGCCCGAGCUCGAACGAGAGAGCGGAGAACGAAGGAGAGGCAGAGACAUACUUAUAGCCAUUGAUCAUGGUCCCAACAGCAAGCAUGCUUUUGACUGGGCUUUGAUUCAUCUCUGCAGACUUGCUGAUACUCUCCACCUUGUUCAUGCUGUUUCCAGUGUGAAGAAUAAUGAGGUUGUUCUUGAGAUGACUCAGGGUCUUAUGGAGAAACUUGCUGUUGAAGCUUUUCAGAUCUCCAUGGUGAAGAGCGUGGCUCGGAUCGUGGAAGGGGAUGCAGGUAAGGUCAUUUGCAAAGAAGCAGACCGCAUAAGGCCGGCAGCGGUGGUUAUGGGUAGCAGAGGCAGAAGUUUAGUGCAAAGUGUACUGUAUGGAAGUGUGAGUGAGUAUUGUUUCCACCAUUGUAAAGCAGCACCGGUUAUAAUUGUUCCUGGCAAAGAAGCAGGUGAUGAAUCUUUGGUACAAUGGAAGAAAUAGUAUUAUCAUACAUCCAAAGAAAAACAGAGUUUGAAGAAAUUGACAGGUCUAAUGGUCUAUGCAGAAGAUGGUUCGUUGUAUAAUACUUGUGACAAUUUUAUGCCAAUUUGUGAACAUUGAUGAAUAAUUUAUAACAAUCCAUUUUCUUUCCCAAAUAAAAUGUUUUUUUUUUA